CCAAAGAAAGACACUUAUUAAAUUCCCAUCCUCACUCCAAAACCCUCUCCCUUUCUCUCCUAUAUUAAGCCUUACAACCAACUCUCUCUUUUCAAACUCCCUUUAGUUUUCAUUUUCUUUCUCUCUUUUCUCGCAAACCAAACACAACCAAAACACAUACAUAUUUUCUAGCCAUGGUGGUGCCGCCUCCGACUCCCUGUCAAAAACUGGCGGCCGCGGCGGAGCUGCCAGUAAUAGACUUAUCACGGAGUGAUAAGUCGAAGGUAUCGGAGGAGAUAGUGAGAGCGUGCGAAGAGUGCGGAUUCUUUAAGGUUAUAAACCACGGUGUUCCUCGAGAUGUUAUAGCGAAAAUGGAAGAGCAGAGCCUGGGUUUUUUUGGUAAACCGGUUGAUGAAAAAAACCAGGCUGGACCUGCUAAUCCGUUCGGUUACGGUUGUAAGAAUAUUGGGUUUAAUGGUGAUAUGGGUGAAGUUGAAUAUCUUCUGUUUAAUACUCAUCCUCUCUCCAUUGCCAAUACUUCUAAAUCUAUCUCCAAUGAUCCUUUUCAAUUCAGCUCUGCUGUGAGUGGAUACAUAGAAGCAGUUAGAGGGGUGGCAUGUGAGAUAUUAGAUCGGAUGGCAGAGGGGCUGGGGGUCCCACACACCUCAGUGUUUAGUCAGCUAAUCAGAGACGUUGACAGUGACUCAAUCCUCAGGCUCAAUCACUACCCUACUCUUCUCUCCUCCAACCAUAACGACACGUCACCUUCUUGCAACGCCAAUCGAGUUGGCUUCGGCGAGCAUUCUGACCCUCAGAUCUUGACGCUCUUGACAUCCAACGACGUGGGUGGCCUUCAGAUUUCCCUAAAUGACGGUGUGUGGGUCCCUGUUUCACCUGACCCCACUGCCUUCUGUGUUAAUGUUGGUGAUGUCUUACAGGCUAUGACAAAUGGGAGAUUUGUGAGUGUUAGGCAUAGAGCCGUGACCAAUGCAUACAAGUCAAGAAUGUCAAUGGCGUAUUUCGCUGCACCACCUCUCGACGCCACCAUCGCCGUACUUCCGGAGAUGGUCACACCGGUUAAACCUUCCUUGUAUAGGCCUUUCACCUGGGCUGACUAUAAAAAAGCUGCUUACUCUCUCCGCCUCGGAGAUAGCCGCCUUCAACUAUUCAGCAGGAACGGGGAAGAGCGACGAUCGUGAGUUGCUUGAGUCGUAGAUGGUUGAUGUGUUUUUGUACCCUUCAAUGGGAAUUUUGGUUACAUCACAUAGUUACCACUCACAGAUGGAAAAUUUAGUAGUAGUCUAGUAAAUGGUUUCUACUAGUUCAGUUUAGAAAUUAGUGUAAAAUUCCGAUCCCUCAAUUACAGCCUUAAUUAUCUGCAAUAGUUAUAAUAGAUAAAUCAUGCUUAACUA